AUGGCCUCUGCUUCUAUAUCUACGGAAUUACUUGAACGCUUGAAGUCAUUCAAUGGUCUUCUGGCAAGAGAUGAUCUUUUCAAAUCCUCCUCCGGCAUACCAAAAUGCGUCUGGAAUGAUGAGCUUGGAAGAUUGAGGGUAUGGGCUGCGAACAUUGGUGCCCAUCAGAAAGACCAAUCUUCCCUCGACUACCGGUUAAGGAAUGCAUCGCACAUCAAAUCGGAGAUCAUCAACUUGCUGCAAAGCCUGAAAAUGACAUUGCAAGAUCUUGAGGAGAUUCUCGUUGAAUUCAAUGAGAAAUGUCGAGCUGACGAUGAUGAUGACGAUGGCAGAGAAGCAGAAGUUGCGGAAAUAUUCAACGACAUGGUGCAAGUCAUCACAAACCUCUAUCGAAUGUCUAUUCUUGUAAGGCAGCCAUCACAACAGGACCGUUUUCUCAGAUACCAGAAAGACGAUGCAGCCGGAUACGAGCCAUUUGAUCGGAAUCAUGUACGGGAAAAGUUUCCUGAUGCGGACUCCAUAGUGGUCGAUAGGCUGGGAAGAGCCAUUUCUAACAGAUGCCGGCACCUGAAGGCCUUGGCGAGGCACAGAGCCAAACUAGGCAAAGGGAUCAGUCACGUUCACGUCGAAACCCAUGACGGGGUGUCCACCGUUAUCUCCGGGACUUUGGCAACUGACUACGAUGACAGAGGUCCAAUCGCCAAACUCGAGUCCGAAUCAGUAAGUGGAGAGUCCACGACUUCAUAUGCUGCCUCGUUCCUGGUGGGUAAGAAGAGUAUAAGAGUUCCUCUACCGCUUAUGGGUUACGGCAAUGAGCAGCAAUUUGAGUGUCCAUAUUGCUUCCUCAUCACGACGACGAACAGCAGGAAAUCCUGGGCGCGCCAUGUUUUUCGGGACUUAAUGCCGUAUAUAUGCAUUUUCCCUGAUUGCUCAACACCUAGCAAAAUAAAAAUCGAACGUCAUCUCGCAGAGCACCUGGAGGAACUUGCUCUGUUCGCCCUGCCGCCCGACAUGCAAGAUGACGAUGAAGAUAGAGAAGAUGACAAUGAUGAUCAGAAGAAUCAUUUCAGCACUGCAGGCAGCGACAUAUCGAGCCACUCUGACGAUGGAGAUUUGCCUCAUGAAGAUCCUGCAGGUUCUGUUAAAUCCAAUAAACCGCACAGCCCUGUCGAGGGAGUUAAAGGAGACUUUGCUUUACCGAAACCACAGCUUCUAGAUUCCGAUGACAUGUCUUUACAAUGCGAACGGCAGCCUCAUAUUGCACGUCCCGCUGUGCCGAGGUCUUCUUCCGUGAGAUCUCUACCGACAACGAGCUUUAUUGAUAACCAGGCCUUUUUUGCACAGUUCAUGGAAGCUGAGGGUCUAAAAGCCAGAGCUGUAGCGCCUCCGGAGUCGAAAUUCUCUUUUCUUACGCUACAAGAUCCUGCUGGAUGGCUCUGCUCAUUCCCUUUGAUCAUUAACCACGCCAACCAUCAAGAAACAUUGAAGGCUGUUGCAAAUGGUCGCUACUACUUGAUCGGAUCCAACGAUGAGAUUAUUUCUCCUGAGACCUGGGAGUCAAUAGUUAAACCGGAUACGCUCAUUAGAUUACGUUUCAACGAACAGAAUCUCGUGCCAGAAGCACCAGAUCGGGACGAAGACCGGGGAAGGGAUAAACGCGACGAGAGAAGAAACGAAUGGUAUGAAGACAGGAAAGAUUUACGAGAGAGGUCACCUAGAUACCGAUAUGAAAACCGACCGUCUGGACCGUCGAUACUGGUGCAAGCUGGAAAAGAAUACCCUGAUCAACUCACACUGGUGGUCGACCGCAAACCAGACCGCAGCGAGCGUGACAUCAAGGAGGAAAUCCGCAAACUGGAAGCUGAGAGACGGGAACUGGGGCGCGAGAGACAGUAUGAGCGUGACGGGGGAGGGUCGUCUAGGCUAUUCCGUGACAGAACCCCAUCGCCUCGGGGAGAGGUCAUCAUCGAGAGGCGUCGCGAAGAGGUUCUCGAGGUUAAAAAAAGAUUGGACAGGUAG